AUGGCGAUCGCACGACCACGACUGCUCCGGAUCGUCGCCAUCGUCGUCGCUCUCGUCGCAACUGUCGCCACUGUCGUCGCGCACGCUUCUGACGAAGGCCAGGCAUUCGACGCGCCGCUCCCGUCAGAUCAGCGCAGGGCGGCGCUGGAAAAGGCGGUGGGCGCGCAAAUCAGCGGAGCGCUCCCCGUCUUCGGCGGAGGAAGCUGGCUUCCGCGCCCACGCGGUGGCGGAAAGGGCGGAAAAGACGGAAACGGCGGGAAAGGCGGGCGCAUCCGGGCGACGUGGGGGGUGCCUCUGCGGCUGCGCUCAGCAUGGGGGAGCGCAAAGUUUCGCGCAAAGGCGCGGGACGCGUUGGGACGACUGACGGGCGCGCAGGGGGUGGCGGUGACGGCGCAGGGGCGCGCGGAGCGACUGAUGGUGGCGUGGGCGGGGCGGCAGGGGAGGGAGGGAUGGCGGAAAGGCAAGGACGUGUGGACGCAAGUGGCACGCGACUGCGUCUCUCAGCUGGCACUCGCCAAAGCCAGCAUGGAGGAAGCAGCGGUGAUCAUCAACACGGGGGAGGGUGACGUGGCAGAUGCGCGCGUCAGCCUAUCAAGUGCUGCCACGUUGGCGGGCGACUGCCUGGACUCGUUUCGCAGCUUCGCUGCUGAUGGCGCCACCAGCGAGCCCGCCAGGGCCGUGCAGGUGGGCGGGCGGGGACACACGUGGGGGAUGUGGGGGAUGUGGGGGAUGUGGGGGAUGUGGGGGGCUUUGGAUUGCCGUGGGGGAUGUGGGGGGCUUUGGAUUGCCGUGCACGUGGGGGGACGGGAGGACAAUGGGUGGGCUCUUGCUGUAAUUGCCGUGCACGUGGGCUCUUGCUCUAAUUGCACGCACAUGGGGGGACGGGAGGGCAAUGGGUGGGCGGCGGCAGUUGGGGGUGGUGGGAGGUCAGCGUGGCAGAGAUGUGAUGCAGUGCGGUCCAUCCAGCUCAUGCCUCUUGCGCCCACCCACCCACCCCAGUCAUCAUGGCUCACUGGAACUGCCCUCUCCCCUCGCCUUCUAAGCUUGUCGCUUCCUCGUGCUAUUCCUCCGCGUCAGGUCCCCUCCUCUUCCGCUUGCGCACUUCAACUCUGCAUCACUCAACCAUCCCUCCCCAUCCCUCCCCAUCCCUCCCCAUCCCUCCCCAUCCCUCCCCAUCCCUCCCCAUCCCUUCCCUUUCCUCCCCAUCCCUCCCCAUCCCUUCCCUUUGCUCCCCAUCCCUCUUCAUCCCUUCCCAUCCCUGCCCAUCCUCUGCUCCUCUCUGUCCCACCCACCCACCGUGCGCGGGAGCAGCAAGCGGCGGGGCAGUUGAGGGAGGCGCUCAUGGCAGUACAGCAGCAGGCGGCCGACAUGGCCACCAUCGUUGCCGCCUCCUCGCCCCCCCCGCUCUCCUCGCCUCCCCUGCCCCCCUCGCCGCUCUUCUCCCCAGCCCCCGCCGGAACCCCCCCUGGCGACAGCAGCCGUGGUGAUACCAGCCCGCCAAGCAAUGCCGGUGGUGCCGCUGAUGGUGCUGCGAGCGACGGCAGUGGCAGUGGUGAUGGCGCGGACACUGGUGGGGCGGCUGAUACUGGUGCUGAUGGCAGUGCUGCUGAUGGUGACGCUGCCAGUGGUGGUGGCUUCACGAUUGCACGAGUUGCCACGGCCAGCACCACAGCAGCAUCGCGCUCACCCAUCAAGUCAAGGAAGCGCCCUGCUAGCAACGCCACAGGCCCCUCCGCCUCUGUUGCCGACGUCAACGCCACUGCCCCUGCUCCCCCUGGCCCUGGCCCUCCGCCAUCCCCCACUCCCUUGGCACCCGUCCCACCUUCACCAUCGCCUCCCUCCUCGCCUUCGUCGCCUUCCCCCCUUGACCCCCUCUCCUCCUCGCCCCCCUCUGCAACUCUACCCUCCUCUCCUCCUCCCCCGUUUCCUCCUCCUUCCCCUCCUCCAUCUCCCCCUCCCUCCCCUCCUCCCUCUCCGCCAGCGCCCUUCUCUUCCCCGCCUCCCUCCGCGCCCUUGCCCUCGCCCCCUCCCUUCUCGCCCUGGCCUGCCACACCUGCUGCUCCGUCGCUGCUCCCCCUCCCGCUGCUGCCCUCUCCUCCCCCAUCCAUCCCCGCGUGCUGCACCUGCACCUGCGCCUGUGCUCCCGUCCUGCCUCCCACCUCCCCUCUAACCUCUCCCCCUCCUCCUCUCUCCACAUUGCCCCCUCCUCCUCCGCCCUACCCCCCACCUCAGUCUCCUCCGCCCGUCAGUUCUCCCCCACCCUCUCCCCCUCUCCCGUCUCCUUCCCCUCCUGCCUCUCCUCCCUCCCUUCCCCCCUCCCCUCUUUCCUCUCCCCCCUCUCCUUCACCUCCCCCCCCCUCUCCUUCCCCUCCUUCCUCCCCUCCCCCCCGUCUCCCUUCCCCUCCUUCCCCUCCCCCUUCCCCUCCUUCCCCUCCACCUUCCCCUCCUUCCCCUCCCCCCUCCCCUCCUUCCCCUCCCCUUUCCCCUCCUUCCACGCCCCCUUCUCCUCCUAACCCCCCUUCCUCCCCUCCCCCCCGCCCCCCCUCCCCUCCUUCCCCGCCCCCCUCUCCUCCCUCUCCCCCCCCUUCCCCUCCUCCUCGGCCCCCUUCCCCUCCCCCCCCGUCCCCCAUCCCCUCCUCCACGCCCCCCUCCUCCUUCCCCUCCCCGACGGCCCCCUCCCCAACCUCCUCGCCCCCCGUUCCCUCCUCCCUCUCCCCCAUCCCCUCCACCCUCUCCUCCAUCCCCCCCUCCGCGUCCCCCACCUCCCCCAUCCCCUCCACCCUCUCCUCCGUCCCCCCCUCCGCGUCCUCCCCCUCCCCCUUCCCCACCCCCCUCUCCUCCGCCCACACCGCCCUCCCCGCCCCCUUCUCCGCCCUCCCCGCCGCCCUCACCCCCCUCGCCCCCGUCACUGGCGUACCCGGUGGCGCUGCGCUACGCGCUGCCGCCGCCCAACGCCAUCGUGGCCCGGGAUGGCUCGGGCACCUUCACCUCCAUUCAGGCGGCAGUGGACGCAGCGCCAUCCACGCCCAGGGGGCGCUUCAUAGUGUGACGGUGAUCACGGGCAGUGCCAGCGUGGUGGGCGGCUCCACCACCUUCAACAGCGCCACUGUCGCCAUCACGGGGGCGGGGUUCCUGGCGGUGGGGGUUCGGUUUGAGAACACGGCAGGGCCGGAGAACCACCAGGCGGUGGCGCUGAGGGUCACGGCGGACAACUGCGCCUUCUUCGACUGCCACUUCAUCGCCUGGCAGGACACGCUGUACGCGCACAGCGGGCGGCAGUACUACCGCAACUGUGUGGUGAACGGGUCGGUGGACUUCAUAUUCGGCAACGGCGCCACCGUGCUCGACAACUGCACCCUGCAGAUCCGCCCACAGCCCAACGCCGUGGUAACCGCGUCGGGGCGCGCCAACUCCACGGAGCCCACGGGCAUCGUGAUUGUGAACUCACGCAUGGAGGGCGAUGUGGCGCAGGCGCAGUUCCUGGGGCGGCCGUGGAGGCCGUUCGCUCGCGUGCUGUACAGCAACACCGUCAUUGGCUCCUCUAUCAAUUCCAAUGGCUGGAUGGACUGGGGAGGCACCGUUUAUGACACGACAACGUUUGUUGAGUUCAAUAACUCAGGACCUGGCUCGGUGGGAUCACGCAUUGCCUGGGCCAAGCCAGGAAUUGUGAAUGAUCCAUCACUUGUGGCUCAAUAUUCCCCGGAUGUGUUCCUUUACCCAUUCGCUCCGAUAAUUGGGCUCAUUACUUGGAUAUGA